AAAUUCACCGUCAUACGAGAUAUAAAACCCUUUCUCAUUCUGCAGCCACAUAUCUCCAAUUAGGGUUUCUGAUCUGCAGCUACAAUGGGUAAGGGAACGGGGAGUUUCGGUAAGAGGAGGAACAAGACUCACACACUCUGUGUGAGGUGUGGCCGCCGCAGUUUCCACCUCCAGAAGAGUCGCUGCUCCGCCUGCGCUUAUCCGGCGGCUCGCACGAGGAAAUAUAACUGGAGUGUCAAGGCCAUUAGGAGAAAGACCACUGGGACUGGUAGGAUGAGGUACUUGCGUCACGUGCCUCGCAGAUUCAAGAGCGGCUUCAGAGAAGGUACCGAAGCUGCACCCAGGAAGAAGGGAGGAGCUGCCACUGCCUAAGGUUUUGAAAAAUCAUUCUUAACCAGUUUAUAGGAGUAAAGGCUUUGUGGAACAUUCUUCUGUGUCAUUUUUAUUUCGUUCAAUAUGUAGUUGCUUUAUGUUUCAACAUGAGGAUUGUAAGACUUUUUUGUUUUUCAAUGAGAGUUUUUGACAUUCA